AUGGCAGUAGAAGAUGAAAAGAAAAAAGGGAUUUUGGGUUAUUUCAAACCCUUGAAAGAGAAAAAUCUGAAUAAUGAAACUGCAGAAAAUGGGAAGAAAAAGACCAAGUCAAGAAAUCUAUCUACAGAAAGCCCAAGGAACCCGCCCUCUCCAAUCGUCGAAAUCAGUUCUUCAGACUCCGAGCCGGAAAACGACUCCUCUAAAAAGAAGCCCUCCAUUAAAGCCUUGCCGAAAAAGUCCAUUACUCCUCGAAAAACCCCUCCAAAACCUGCUGUGCUCAAAAAUUUUCCACUUUUUUCACCAAAAGUUUCAAAACCGCCGACUCCUCAACGCUCCUCUUCGAAUGCGUCCCUCAACGAAUCUCUUCCUGACAUUAACGGAAUCGAUCUCUUAUCUUCGACAAGCCAAGUGAUAUCUUCCGACAGCGAUGGAGAAGUUUUCACGUCUCAAGAAACAGCAAAAACACCAAAAAUCAAGCUGACGAAAAAGAAAUCUUCAGGAAGCAAGAGAAAGAAAAGCCAGAAAAAGCAGGCUAUCGCGCCCAUCAACGAAGAGGAAGAAAAUGAACCAGAGAAAGACGAAGAGCAGGAAAUUCCAAAGCCAGAUUGUCCAGUUUCCGAAACGAACAAGAAGUCAAAGAAGAGGAAAGCUUCGGCGACAGAGGCUGUCAAACCAGCUCGUCUUGAAUCGAUUCAAGAAGAUGAAGCAGCAAGUACUCCUCGACGACGAAGCUCUAGAAUCAAGAAAAUUGAAGAAACAAAGCCACCAGUCGAAGAGCCCAGUCCAUCCCCUCCUUCGCCCCCUCGAAAGCGCGAAAAACUCGACCCAAAACUCGCCAAAUCCAGCGCUAAAGCGACCCCAAAAGCUCGUAGAAAUUCCUCUACUACUUCUUCCAAAGCCCAGACUCCAUCAUCAAAGAGGAAUUCUAGCGCCAAACUCGUUGAAAACGGAACGCCAGUGAAAGUCAAUGGGUUGAAAAAACUCAUGAACACUGCUAAGGAGACGCCCAACAAAUCGUCGAAAUCUUCGUCAAAAUCGUCUUCAAAUGGCCCAGUGAUCGAAAUCGACUCAGACGACGAAAAACCCCAGCAACCCGCGAAGAAGACCGAGCCACCAAUUACCAAAGAAGAACUAGAUUUUUACGCGAAAGAAGAUGAAAAAGUAAAGAGCUGGAAAAAGUAUUGCGAGUUAAAAGAUGGCGAUUUCCAGCUGCAUCUGGAGAAGAGGAUUGAGCGGGCGGAACGAAACUUGAUCAUCAACGACGAAGAUAUUGAGAAGAUUCUCGGGAAGAUUCAAAAGGCGAAUAAGAGCAUGGAUGUGGCGGAGAAUUGGAAACGAGUGAGCAACCAGGGCAUUUCUGAGGAAAGCGAUCUUCUUCAGUUCACCCGACUAUACCAGCCGGUAAAACUGCCAGAUUUCAUCGGAGGAGACUCCAGCGACAAGAAUCGAGUAGCUUCAUGGAUGUACGACUGGCGCUGCCUAGCUGACAAGCGGCGAGAACAAUCUCAAAGUUCAAAAGCAGAAGCAGUCGCCCCUCAGUCGAACAAUGGGAAACAGAAGAAGAAAACCAAAAAGAAGGGAUCAAGACGACGCAGCGAUUCGGACAGCAGCGACGAAGAGUAUGUUUUGGAAAAGGAAAAUGUACCGGACUCGAAGACGGUGUUUUUGUUUGGAAUGUCGGGGCUUGGAAAAGCCGCGUUUGUUCAUGCUUGCGCGAAGGAAUACAAUUUUAAGGUUAUCGAAGUCCACCCUGGGCAAGAACGAAGCGGAUCUGUCCUCCGUGAAACGCUGAGUGAAGCAACUCAAUCAGAGCGCCUUCAGCAGAAGAAAACAGCCAUACAAAACUUCUUCAAAAUUUCGAAAGUCAAAGAAGCCAUGAAAACCGCGGAGAAGAGUAAAGACACGCUUAUCUAUUUCUCCAACGUCGAUUUGCUCUUUUCCGAGGACGAGGGCUUCUGGAGAGCGCUAAAGAAUUUCAUCGACAAGACGAAAGUUCCGAUCAUCUUUUCCGGAGAAACGAUCGAAGCGAACUCCGGGUUGAAUCCUGAAAAGUCGAAUAUCGACGCAGAGGAGCAACAGAAAUGCAUAGAAGUGGCACUUACUUGCAUGCAGCGAAAAGACCUCAUUAGUUUUUUGCGACUCGUUGCUCUUGACAAAGGCUUUUUCCUAUCCCAAGAAAACGCUGCGACCUUGACAAACUACUGCCAUUCAUACCGCCAGUGCCUUUUGCAGCUUCAACUGUGGAGCUGUGCCUAUCCUUUGGCCAAUUCUUCCCCGCUCCUUGAUACUUGCGGAGUCCGAAAACUCGACAAGGAAGAAAACGAAAAAGACGGAAAACCUCAGGAAAUUCAAGAUUUCAGCAGAAUAGCUUUUCUUGACAGCAAGAAAGACAAACUCCUCUCCCUUUAUAACGGCGGAGUCAGAUUCAUAGCUGUAAAUCGGUGGAAAUUAAUGAACGAAGGGGUGAAAUACAGGAGGAUUUCAAUGGACGAAGACGAGUUCGAUGACUUGGUGAAGAUGAGACGAUUUACAUCCGUUAUGAGCUUACUUGAUCGCCGAACCUGCAGCAUCCAGGAAACCUGGUCUUCCGCCAAGUCCGACACAACGAACAGUUGUUGCCGAGCUCCUAGAAUGGACUCAAAUCGCCAUCACUCGCUCCAGCAAGAAAUUCAAUGCUACCUUGAGACAUCGGCGUUGCAAAACUCGACCAUUUCCGAGCGUCUUUGGCUGCCAACAAUCGACAAAGAGUUCCAGUUCAGCAAGCCGUUGCCAAAAAGCAAAGCGAUGACGGCCAGUUCGGUUGAUGAAAAAGUCCUCAAUUAUCAAAAUCAACUCGACGGCUGUUGCUGGAAGGUGCCUCCCUUUUAUAGCAUGGGUUAUCGGCUUUUCGCCAGAGAUUAUGUUCCUGCCAUUGCCCACUUCUACCGGCAGUUCAAGGAGUCCGGUGAACUGAACGCCCGUGGCAUCCGAAAACGAGGCGGGGGACAAGACUAUCUCGAAUCAAGAGGCUUUGCUUGCUGGGAUGAAGAUGAUAAAGACUUCCUCAGCCGCCCGUUCCCUUAUUUUCUCAAGUACUAG